AGAAGCGGUCUGAAACUGCAGGUGCAAACUAGAAGUGUGUGAUUCAGCGGUUUCCCGGUCAGAACUAGAGCAACGGCCUCUGACACUAGUCUUUGUAGUGAUGGGUAGAUGAAGCGACGGGCUCUGACAGACUAUAAAAGCUGGGAAAUGUCGAAAAUCUCCAUUUUGAAGGUGGAAAAUCCAUCAUGCCUUUGGGGUCGACUUACAGAGAUGACGGAACAUUACAGCAGUCUCUGGAUUAAGAUGAACCAAUUUUACGGUGAUGUUACUCUGGUAAAGCAGAAGCAGAAACCCACAUCGUUGGAGAAAGGGCAGGUGUAUGUGGUUUUCUGGACCGUAAAGAAUUUGUGGUGCCGUGCAUUGGUGGAGUCCACUAUCAUGGAUUCUUUGUCCUGUCAAGCUUGCUGCCUCCUUGUGGAUCAUGGCGAACGAAUCAUGGUGUCUUCAGAGCAGGUCUACGUAGCACUGUCAAGUUUUCUGCAGUUGCCUGCUUGGGUGAGGAAGUUUCGUCUGGCCAGAAUCAAACCAACAACCAUGAAGAUAUCCUUGUAUAAGGAAAAGGCAAAGCUCAAACCUUCUGCUUCGUGGAACAGCUCUGCUACUCUCUAUCUUCACAACCUGCUUCUAGCCUCCACCCAAACAGAAGCUGCGCUGCUUGAAAUGGAGUCUGAUUCUACCCCGAUUGAGCUGUAUCUGACAAUCGACAACGUCAAGAUUUGUGUGAAUGAUGACUUGGUGGGAAAGAUGUUUGCGUAUUACACCCGAGACUCUACAGGUAGAAGUGAGCUUUGUCCAGUUGGCAGGGUUCCAUUCAUGCUGUCCACCAACAUCCUGGCCCAGGAUGGUUGCAGAUCCCCAAAGAAGCAGGCAGCACAAACUGAGCAGCAUUUCUGUGAGCAUACAGUGAUGUCCCAGAGUUCUGACUCGGAUGAAACUGGUGAAACUGCGGCUUGCUCUCUACUUCAGAGAAAACUGCCCGUGGUAAUAUCCUGUGAUGAAGAUGACAACCAAAUUUCAUCACAGAAGCGGCCCAGGAGAGACUCUGGAACUGCUGAGACAGACAGUGACUCAUCAGAGGAAAAUGAUUCAUCUUUGGCUGCAGUUCUAGCCCAAAACCUUGAUUUGUUCAGGUUUUUGAAGUUUUUGAACCAUGACACCAGCUCCCCUCAAGAUUCAUCCAGUGUGAGUCCAAAUGAUGAGAUGAUUGACAACCAACCACAAGAAGUCACUGAAUGGUUAAACACCAGCCCCGAAUCAAGGCAGCAGGAUACCAGCAAGUUGCCUAAAACUCUGUUCACAACUGUGGAGCAGCAGCAGCACAAUUCAGCUCAUGAUAGCACUUUAAGUGGAGCUAAUGAUGUUCUUCACAGAAGUAACGUUGAAAAUGCAGCUUUUGAAGAAACAAGUUUGAACGAGUUAUCAGAGUCUGAACCAGAGGCAGAGGAGGUUCUUAGGACUGAAGAGGACCGAGUCUGCUCACGUUUGAACGAGUUAUCAGAGUCUGAACCAGAGGCAGAGGAGGUUCUUAGGACUGAAGAGGACCGAGUCUGCUCACGACUUUUGGAAUGGUUGAACCCAAACCCUCUGAACCCAAAUCCAGAUGCCAUGAAUGAUAUUUCCCUUCAAGAUACCAUUAUCAGUGAGGUUCUGGUCCACUCGGCUCUCUCGGUGGAAACUUGUAAUACCCUGGGAGAUGCACCUAUUACAGAUGUUCUUCGCAAGAUGUUGCUGAGAAACAAGUUCGACACUUUGUCUCCUGCUGAACGCUACAGCUGGCCAAUGGUGGCCCGUGGAUGCAACACACUCAUUAUUACUCCGAAUGCUGACAACCCACUCAGCUACCUUGCUCCCCUCCUCUCACACAUCCUACUUAAUUCUGUUUUCACUUCCCAAACCACCUAUUCAGGGCCCAUAGCAGUGCUGCUGUGUUCAGGCUGGGAGAAGGCUCAGGCAGUCUAUGAUCUGCUGGAAGAGGCCAAGCUUUCGCAAAGCCUCUGCCCAGUCAUUGUCCUGCUGGGUGUCGGUAAAGAUGAAGCCAAAGCUGUCAAAAUCCCCAAAAACUGCCUGCUUUUAGUGACCACUCCUUUCACCCUGGUUCGUCUGCUGUCCUGCCACUGUUUCCUGUUCUUACGACUGUGCCACUUGGUUCUGGAUGAGGCCGACCAUCUCUUUGAGCUUGCUCCUGAUGAGAUGGAAACCAUCCUGAAGCAUUUCCAGAGGGUGACCUGCAACGAGGAGAAUGCAUUCCAUCCUCAGCAACUUGUUGCUAUUGCAAAAUGCUGGACGAGUCACAUGGAGGGUCUGAUUUCCGGUCACAUGUCAGACCCUUGUAUCAUCAUAACGGCCCCGGAGGAAGCUGCACUCUACGGCAACGUUCAACAGGUCAUCUUCAUGACUCCAGAGGUUAGCAAGAUCUCAGUACUGUUGAGUGUGCUGGACUUAAACCCAGAUGUUGGCCAGAAGACUGUGGUUGUUGCAAACUCUGCUCAGGAGGUAGAAGAUGUGUUCAAGGCUGUGAACAACAAGUCAGCGUUUUGUCUCAAGACCCAUGAAGGAAUAACUCAUGAGAACGACUUUGUCAUUGAGCAGUGGAGGAAGGACAUUGGGCCGGGGACUCAUGUAAUUCUAGUGACCACCAGUGCAUGUCUGAGGUGUCUCGGCAUCAGAGAUGCAACUUGCCUCGUCCACUUUGGAUUUCCUACGUCUCCCAAACAGUUUGGAAGCAGAUUCUUCUGUAUGUCUGAAAACUUCAGAAAUCUCUCUCAACAGGUGUGCUCCCAGGAUCCUAGAAAGGUGGCCAGGUCUGUGAUGCUGAUCUCAGAGGGGAAUGCCCGCCAUGUUUUGGGAGUUGAGCGCUAUUUGAAAAGGACUAAUGCCCCACUGCCCCCUGAGCUGGUGUCCUUUGCCCAGGAGGUUCAUGCGAUCCGCGAAAACCUAAAGGCGGACCGGCCUCUCUGCAACCACCUGAAGAGAUUUGGAUUCUGCAGAAACAGCAGUGUGUGUCCUGAUCGCCACAAGUUCAGUUCCCAGCUGGAUCAGUCUGAGCUCCCUGCAUCUGGACUGAUUGAAGUCGUUCCUCUUCAUAUCAAGUCUGCUUCUGUGUUUUACGGCCAUGUGAUCAGGAAGGAUGACAGCAGUUUCAAAGCAAUGACCACAGAGAUGGCUGCUUUUUAUGCUGACAGGAAACUAGGAGCCAGUGACCUGCUCCUGGGAGGCCUGUAUGCAGUUCAACAGGACCAGGAAUUCCACAGGGUGAAGAUCCUUUCAUUAGAUGAUCGCGAUGACCGCUUGUUUUUCACCGUCAUGGUUUCCUUCAUCGACGUGGGAAAGGAGGAGGAAGUGAAGUCCCAUGAGAUCCUUCAGCUCCCAGAUCAGUUCCAGUCUCUACCUGGUCAAGCGGUUGAAAUUAUAUUCUGCGGAGUGAAGCCAGCUGAUGCUGAGGCUGACUGGCAUCCCAAGGUCACCAGAGUGAUUCAUCACAAGAUCCGAGGUCUGCAACAUCAAGCAAGGGCAGUUCUAAGUCUGGGAAACACUGUUUUUGUUGAUUCUUUGGUCCGAGUCACCAAAAUUCCUGGGACGAAAACACUCAUAAAUGAAUACAACGUCCAGUCUGAAAUCCUGAACACAGGGAUGGGGGUCUGUAACCCUGAGCAUGUGGGCCUGCUGAAGGCUUUGUGCCAAGACGAUUUGGCUAACGGCAGCAUAGAACUAGGCUGCACAGUGAGUGACUCAUUUGUUGGGGGACGUUCCUCAAGAGGCCUUCCUGCUACCUUUCUGAGCCCACGUGAAAAUGGUCCAAGGUUUUCAGAGGACACAGGAGAAAUCAACUUAUAUGUGUAUUCUGAUAGUGAUGAGGAGAGUGACUCGCCUUCUACAUUUCACUAGGCCAGUCCUAAAAGUCUGUUCUGUUAGACUUAAAAAUGCAUUAAGUAGAACUUAAGUAAAAAUCACAUCCUGUGGUAAAAGGUGAUUACUGCUACCAUGUCAAACAACUCUGAAGCUUUUUGCCGGCAUUCGUCAAAUUACAAUUGUCGGCGCUGCAGUAUUAGCUCACAGGAGAUGGUAACAGUAGUUACAUGCCUCCUUCCUUUGUUUUGAAUGAAGAAAAACUGAUGAUCCCUGCAGCGUGCUGAAUAUGAAAUAUGUUUUGGUGUAACUGUCCUUCCAAAAUGAUGAUAACACUAGACUCUCUUGGGAUUUUCUCACUGGAAAAUUUUCACUAUAUUCGUACAUUCUGCACCUUUAAGCAUUUGUAGUUCUUUUGAAACAGUUAUUGUUAGUAGGCUGCGCCUUUUAAUGUUUUGUGCCAUGUGAAUGGAAACAAAAUAAGGGAAAUGUUUUUUUUUUUUUUUUUUUUUUCAGUUUCUCUUCCAUUUCCCUUCAAUCUGCUUAACGGUUUAGUUCCUUUUCAAACCAGAAACUUCAGGUCAAGACUGGUUUGAGAUUCUAGAAACAAAUUUAAGUUAGAGUUCCAAUAAAAUGUCUUUAAGGGUCUGA